AUGGGGGGGCGGGCUGGGGGUCCCCGUGCGAGGAUUUUGGGGUCCCCCUGCAAGGGCUCCUCGUGCCACCGUCUCCUCGUGUCACCAAGAGGAACUGGGGGGGUCCUCGCGCCAGAGCCCCUCGAGUGUCACCAGCUCCUCACCGAGGGCUCCGAGUGCCACCCGGAGGAAUUUGGGGGGCUCCUCGUGGCCCCGGGACCUGCCCAGCCCUCGUGCGAGGGUCCCGAGUGCCACCACGUCCGAGUGCCACCAAGAGGAACAAGGUUUGGGGGGGGGGGGUCCUCGUGCAAGAGCCCCCCGAGUGCCACCAGCACCUCGUGCCACCAAGAGCCCCCUGAGUGCCACCAGCCCCUCGAGUGCCACCAGCUCCUGGUGUCACCGGGACCUCGUGCAGGAGAGAUUGGGGGGGGGUCCUGGUGCCACCAAGAGCCCCCCGAGUGUCACCGGGACCAGCCCAGCCCCGUGUCACCGGGGUCUCUCUCUGUGUCACACGCCACCGUCGGGCACCCACCGGGACCCGCCCCCCCCGAGCACCGAGACCCCCGAAUUUCACCGUCUCGUGCACCGGGACCCCCCUCAGGACCCCCCCUCAGGCAUCAGGACUCUCGAGUUUCCCCUCCCCCCGUCCUCGUGCACCGGCACCACCGGACCCCCCCGAGGAACCGGGACCCUCCCCCAGCGCACCGGGACCACCAGGGGCGGGGCCUGGAGGGAAAUGAAUGA